AUGCUGCGCACGGUGCAAAAUUCCGCCCGGGAUUGUUUAUCCACGUCCAACGGCAACACCUUAAAAAACGAAGUAAUGAUAGCCGCGAAAAGGGCGCAGAGAAAUCCAUGCCAGAGGUUUCUAGGUCAGAUAGAUACGGCGCCCGCGCUUUCCCUAUACCUUUUGCCGCCGGGCGUAUACUCGACGUCCAUGCUGGCAGGUUUCACGACAAGGACAGCUCCAGGCACAAAAGCAAUGCCGAGGUUUCGCAGCAGCCUCAGUGAGGAUGCACCGGAGCACGUCGUGUUCUGUGCGGCUCUUGCGGCUCGGCGAGCCAAAUUCGGCUUGGGGAGAUUGGAGGUGCCUGAGCUUUACUUUGGUCAGCCAUUGGCUCGGUUCCUUUGUGGCCCGUUUGGUCCUCUAGCCCUGAUCUGCCCAUAG